AUGAGUGUUUUUACGUCCCAUGCCUUCUGUUUCUCUGUCGAACGAGGCUUUGCGACACUUUGUCUCGUCCCAGUGAGAGAGAUCGGUCCCCGCCAAUUAAAUCUGGCUCGGGUUAUUGCCCUUCAUUGCUCUCCUGACGUCUCUAAUCCUCACCCUCGCGUGCCACUUUCGUCAACUUCUUCCUUCCCAAUUUCAUUCUUACGAGGCUUGGUCUUGCUGUGCUUCUCUCUUGAGCCUCGCUCUCUUUUUAGUAUUGCCAAACGAAAUCGAAUUCUUACAGCGGAAGAGUUCUGGUAUAUUUACACGACGGAUUUCAGUUGUAUUGCGGCCAUGUCUACUCCAGAGCCACUUCCAAACCCCCAGCGUGUCAUCACCGACACCGAUCCCGAGACCGGCAUCUCUCACUUCAAUACGACCCUGGAUGAAAGCCUUGCGGUCAAGCAGGAUCUUGGAGGUUCCUUGUUCCGUUUGGGAUACAUCACCGACAAGACCCCCAACACGCUCGAUGGCACCGAUCUCACGAACUACAUUGAGUACCUGGAGACUGCCAGCGUUCCUCCCGUCACCCUCCCCGACGGUCGUGGCAUGAUGUGGUACAUCGAUACCCCUCCUGGUAAAGGCAGUCCUGCUCACCGCACCGUCAGCUUUGACGUUGUUAUCCAGGUCGCAGGCGAGAUCGAAGUGACGCUCGAAUCAGGCGAGAAGCGUAUCCAGAAGCCGGGUGACAUGCUCAUCCAGCGCGCUACCACUCACACUUGGAGAAACCUCAGCAAGGACAAGUGGGCCCGUAUGGUUGGUGUUAUGUACUCGAGCAACCCUGUGGUUCUCAAAAAUGGCACCGUACUUGGUCCUUCUGGACUCUAG